AUGGCUUCAUUUACCUAUCUAAGCGAAGACUACCUGGAAAAGAUCUUGUCGGAACUGGAAGACUAUCAGAUCUCCCACGGUUCGCUUCUUAAGAUUCCUCGAGGGUGGACGGACUCCGAAUUACCAAUGGCCAUUGCUCGUCCGAUUGGCAUCAGCAUUAUUCCAACUCCUUUUCCCCGCCAACAAUUCGAGCAUGCUUUAAAUAUUCAGGCGCUAUUCAAUGAGCUGUAUAUGAAUAUUGCCGAAGAUGAUCUUUGGUUUCAACCAAUUGUCCAAAAUUUAGGAGAAGUCGACGAGUUCGCUUCGAAAUUAUGGUCGAUAUGGGAACGUGUAAGAGACGAAGGAGAGCUCCAACAGAUAAGAUGUGGCAUCUUCAGGAGCGAUUAUAUGCUGCAUGGGGGUUCCCAAGACAGAAGUGCUGCCCCGACGCAAUUAACGUGGGCGGGCUCAGAACUUAGACAAGUUGAAUUCAAUACCUAUUCAUGUGCGGGAGGAGUGCAUUCCAAUAUCGUUACGAACAUGCAUCGAUACAUUGCGAGCAAGGGCAUUCAUAAAGCAGCUCGUGUCCCCACGAAUAAUGCAAUUCGAUCCAUUGUAGAAGGCCUCGUCUGUGCUCACAGAGCAUACGACCCACCAGCAAACUCGACGAGACAAACAGCUAUACUCAUGACAGUACAACCAAAUAAUGCCAACAUCUGCGAUGAGCGGCCUAUUGAGUAUGCUUUAUCGGAGUGCGAAACACCCGUAUCACUCUACCGUGUUGAAUUUAGUGGUGAAAUAUUACAGAGGUGUAACCUAGGCCCAAAUCGAGAAUUGCUUUUUCACCCAUCAUUUGGAGGUGAAGCCGUCGAAAUCUCAGUUAUUUACCAGCGAGCCGGAUAUGACUCGCAUGAAUACGAUCAACAUGGCAUCGAGGCCCGAUACAUGCUUGAAAGGUCACGAGCAAUAAAAUGCCCGACGAUAUUAUCCCACAUCGCCGGCUUCAAAAAGAUUCAACAAGAGCUAACGGCACCUGGAGUUCUGGAGCGAUUCCUCUCCCCCUCGGCGGCUAGAAUCUUACGCCAGACAUUCAUGCUCCAUUACCCGGUUGAUGAAUCUGAGAUGGGGAUCAGAGCUCAAGAUAUAAUAUCAGAUGAACAGGCCAUUGAAAACUACGUUUUAAAGCCGUCGCUUGAAGGCGGCGGCCACAAUGUUUACGGGAAAGAUAUCCCUAUUUUUCUUGGAACCAUUCCGAGGUCACAAUGGAGCAGAUUCAUUUUAAUGGAAAUGAUCAACCCCCCACUGGUGCAUGGAGUAUUGAUUUCUCCGAUUGACACCCACAUGGGACCGGUUGUGUCCGAAUUGGGUGUCAUCGGGGCAUGUCUUUGGCAACGAAAUGAGCCACUGAAAAAGGGACUCAGUAUUAUAAGAAAUGAUGCAAGUGGUUGGACAUUUAAAACUAAACCACCAGAUGUUCAGGAGAUGAGUGUGGUGAAGGGAUAUGGAUGCUUUGACUGUCCAUCCCUAUCCUAA